CAAGGACUGGGUACCUACCCAAGGACAGCCAUGGAGUGGAAAAUACUUCCCAUUAACUUGCUGCUGUUGCUUCCUGCUUUACUGAUUCAGCAAGUUUCUUCUCAAGAUUUAUCAAGCUGUGCAGGGAGAUGUGGGGAAGGGUAUUCUAGAGAUGCCACCUGCAACUGUGACUAUAACUGUCAACACUACAUGGAGUGCUGCCCUGACUUCAAGAAAGUCUGCACUGUGGAGCUCUCCUGUAAAGGCCGCUGCUUCGAGUCCUUUGCCAGAGGACGUGAGUGUGACUGUGACUCCCAGUGCAAGAAGUUUGGCAAGUGUUGCCCUGAUUAUGAUAGCUUCUGUGAAGAAGCAAAAGAUAACAAGAAGGAAAGAACGCCUGAAAAGAAGCCUACCCCACAACCACCACCUGUAGAUGAUGCAGGAAGUGGAAUGGACAAUGUCAUCCCAACUCCUGGGAUUCCUGUCACCCCAAGCAGGAAAGUCACCACACCGCCCAAGGUCACCACAGCAAAGCCAAUCACUCCCAAGCCCACUGUUCCAGCAAAGCCUGACACAGCCAAAGAAACAGACUUGACAGCCAAUAAGGAGACAACAGUGGAAACUGAAGAGACUUCUACAACAAAUAAACAGACAUCAACUAGUGUAAAAAAGAAGACAACUUCAGCUAAAGAAACAAGAAGUGCAGAGAAGACUUCUGCUGAUGAGUCUGCACUCACGUCUGAAGUGCCUACUAAAGUGACACCCAAAGCUGACAGCACAACCAAGCCUUCAGCUCCCACCACCACCAAGGAGCCUGAACCCACCACCACAACAAACAAACCUGAACCCACCACCACCACCAAGAAGCCUGAACCCACCACCACCACCAAGAAGCCUGAACCCACCACCACCACCAAGAAGCCUGAACCCACCACCACCACCAAGAAGCCUGAACCCACCACCACCACCAAGAAGCCUGAACCCACCACCACCACCAAGAAGCCUGAACCCACCACCACCACCAAGAAGCCUGAACCCACCACCACCACCAAGAAGCCUGAACCCACCACCACCACCAAGAAGCCUGAACCCACCACCACCACCAAGAAGCCUGAGCCUACCACCCCCAAGGAACCUGAAACUACCACCACCGAGAAACCUGAACCCAUCACCCCCAAGGAGCCUGAACCCACCACCCCUAAAGAGCCUGAACCCACCACUCCUAAGGAGGCUGAAGCCACCACCCCCAAGGAGGCUAAACCCACCACCCCCAAAGAGCAUGAACCCACCACCCCCAAGAAGCCUGAACCCACCACCCCCAAGAAGCCUGAACCCACCACCCCCAAAGAGCCUGAACCCACCACCCCCAAGGAGGCUGAACCCACCACCCCCAAAGAGCCUGAACCCACCACCCCCAAGGAGGCUAAACCCACCACCCCCAAAGAGCCUGAACCCACCACCCCCAAGAAGCCUGAACCCACCACCCCCAAAGAGCCUGAACCCACCACCCCCAAAGAGCCUGAACCCACCACCCCCAAAGAGCCUGAACCCACCACCCCCAAAGAGCCUGAACCCACCACCCCCAAAGAGCUUGAACCCACCACUCCCAAGGAGGCUGAACCCACCACCCCCAAAGAGCCUGAACCCACCACCCCCAAGGAGGCUAAACCCACCACCCCCAAAGAGCCUGAACCCACCACCCCCAAGAAGCCUGAACCCACCACCCCCAAAAAGCCUGAACCCACCACCCCCAAAGAGCCUGAACCCACCACCCCCAAGAAGCCUGAACCCACCACCCCCAAAAAGCCUGAACCCACCACCCCCAAGAAGCCUGAACCCACCACCCCCAAAAAGCCUGAACCCACCACCCUCAAAGAGCCUGAACCUACCAUCCCCAAGGAGCCUGAACCCACCACUACCAAAGAACCUGAACCCACCACCACAAAGGAGCCUGAACCCACCACCCCCAAGGAACUGGCUCCAACUUCUGAGAAACCUGCUCCAAACACUCCAGUGGCCUCUACUCCAGCUCCCACUACUCCUAAGAACCCUGCUGAACCAACUCCAGAGCUUCCUGUAGAACCUACACCAAUGGGCCCUGAAAAUAGCCCCAAAGAACCUGUGGUGCCCACAACCAAGGACUCUGAAGUGCCCAAGCCUGAAAUGACUACAACAGCUAAAGACAAAACCACAGAAAAAGACAAAGGUACUACACCUGCUGCAUCUGAAAUAACAACAGAAGAGAUGACUACAACAGAAAAGACAACCAGUAAACCUGAAAAGACAACAGCUGUACCCAAAGAAACAACUACCGAGUCUAAAGUGACCCCUAAACCCCGAAAGCCAACCAAAGCACCCAGGAAGCCCACUUCUACCAAAAAACCAAGUACGAAACCUAGAGGGAGAAAACGAAAGACCACACCAGCUCCCACCAAGAUGACGACAACAGCAGCGCCUGAACCAACCCCUACCUCCUUAGCUGAAGACAUGCUCCAAACCACCAACAAGCCCAACCAAACUCCUAGCUCAGAAAUGGCUGAAGUUAACCCAGAGGCUGAAGACCCAGAUGCUGUUGGAGACAAGCCCCUCACGAAUCCCAGCUCCCCAGUGUUCACUCCUUUAGGUGUUCCUGGCGGUAACUUCUUAGUGAUAAGACCCAACCAGAACGUUGGUGCUGACCCCAUGCUUUCAGAUGAAACUGAUUUGUGCAACGGCAAGCCAGUAGAUGGACUGACAACUCUGCGAAACGGGACCUUGGUUGCCUUUCGAGGUCAUUAUUUCUGGAUGCUAAGGCCUUUCAGUCCACCAUCUCCACCCCGAAAAAUUAAUGAAGUUUGGGGUAUUCCUUCCCCCAUUGAUACUGUUUUUACUCGAUGCAACUGUGAAGGAAAAACAUAUUUCUUUAAGGGUGGUCAGUACUGGCGCUUUACCAAUGAUGUAAGAGACACAGGGUAUCCCAAACAAAUUGUAAAAGGAUUUGGAGGACUAAAUGGGAGAAUAGUGGCUGCUCUUUCAAUAGCUAAAUAUAAGGAUAGACCCGAAUCUGUUUAUUUCUUCAAGAGAGGUGGUGGCAUUCAGCAGUAUACUUAUAAACAGGAGCCCACCAGAAAGUGCUCCAGAAGUCCUGCUAUAAACUACUCUGUGUAUGGACAAAUGACACAGGUCAGGCGCCGCCGCUUUGAACGAGCUAUCGGACCUCUCACACAUACCAUCAGAAUUCACUACUCACCUGUCAGAGUCAUUUAUCAAGACAAAGGCUUGCUUCAUAAUGAAGUGAAAAUGAGCACCAUGUGGAGAGGAUUUCCGAGUGUGGUUACUUCAGCCAUAGCACUACCCAACAUCAGAAAGCCUGACAGUUAUGAUUACUAUGCCUUCUCUAAAGAUCAGUAUUAUAACAUUGACAUACCCAGCAGAACGGCAAGAGCGAUCACUACUCGUUCUGGGCAGACUCUCUCCAAGGCCUGGUACAACUGUCCUUAGAAGACAGGCAAAGAGCCAGCCAAUGAAAAUGAAGAAAAGAGCGAUACAAUUUGACACUGAAAUACUUUUUAUUAAUAAAGAAAGCUGAGACAGUCAUAUCAAUUUAAAUAUAAAAAUGUUUUCAAACUCGACAGCCAUUACACAGAUUUGACAACCUUAUUCACAGUUAUUAAAAUUUACAGAACAUUUAAUUAAUAUUUCCUCUAUUUAUUCCUCCUCUGCCCCCCAUUGCAUGGCUCACACCUGCAAGAGAAAAAAGAAUCAAGCUGCAUGUAUCUUUGGAGAUGUUAGCAUGAAGUUAUUCAUUAUAAAAACUGGUUUUCAACAUCAAAUACCUAGAUGUUAUACACGUAAAACUAUUAGAUAUUUUACAUCUUCAGUGGAAAUUCAUCGAAUAUAAUUAAAACAAUUAGAUUAACAUUUUGAUGAGUAUAAUUUGAGUUAUAAUAGAAGACAAAGGUACCUGUACUAGGUCAACAAACCCACAAACUUUAUUAUAUAACAAAUAUAUAACAAUAUAACAGGUAGAGAUGUAACAAAGUCAUUUAACAUUCUAACACUAUAAUUCUUCCAAACUUUCUUUGAAUUCAAGGAAAUGAAAACAUGUAAAAUACAAGCAUAUAUGUAUUACAUGCCAA